ACCGAAUCAGUUUCGGCAACUCUCACAAGGUUUCUGGAACUCUUUAGAGCUUUCGGGAAAUCGUCGCGCUCUCUCUCCUCAUUAUUCGGGUCGGCUACUCGCUCGCCCGCGCUCAUAAUCUACGUUUAUAUUUUGCUUCAUUCAAUAUAUAAGUUUCAAUCCUGGCGGCCAUCCGUAUCAGGUUUCGCGAAAGUGGAGAAUUUUUGCUUGGCUGGGUGCUUUUGUUCUAGGUUUUCUUUCUCCGACGUUUGUGGUUGAUAAUGGCGAAACCAGGACCCGACUGGGAUGGGUUGCUCAAGUGGAGUCUUGCCCACUCCGAUGGAACUGGGUCUAAUCGCAACCUCGGCGAGGAGGAUCGGAGAUGGUUCAUGGAAGCAAUGCAAUCUCAGACUGUGGACGUGGUUAAGCGGAUGAAGGAGAUUACGCAGGUCAUGCAAACUCCUCCUGAAGUCUUGGAGGCCCAAGGAGUUACUGCGGCUGAGAUUGAAGCUGGCUAAAGUUGCGGACUUCUUUUGGCAGAUAUGUUGGAAGAGCUUCAAGAGCAUGUGGAGUCUAUUGACAUGGCAAACGAUCUUCAUUCCAUUGGUGGUUUGGUCCCUCUACUUGGUUACCUGAAAAACUCACAUGCCAAUAUCCGAGCAAAGGCUGCUGAGGUAGUAUCCACUAUCGUCCAGAACAAUCCCAAAAGUCAGCAACUGGUUAUGGAAGCAAAUGGGUUCGAACCUCUCUUGUCGAAUUUUGCGUCAGACCCAGAUGUAACUGUACGGACCAAGGCCCUUGGAGCAAUAUCAUCCUUGGUUCGACACAAUAAACCAGCUGUCACUGCAUUCCGCCUGGCUAAUGGUUAUGCGGGCUUGAGGGAUGCUCUGAACUCUGAUAAUGUGAGAUUCCAGAGGAAAGCAUUGAACUUGAUCCACUACCUCCUGAAAGAGAACACUGCAGAUUGCACCACUGUAAACGAGCUGGGAUUCCAACGCAUACUCUUACAUCUGGCCUCGAGUGAACAUGGAGAUAUCCGUGAAGCUGCCCUUGGUGGCCUACUGGAGCUUGCUAAACACGACGUGGAUGUGGGAAAAGUUGGUCGGUCAGCCGAGGAAGACCUGAAAUUGAAGGCACUUCUUGAAGAACGGAUAGAGGGUAUUAGAUUGAUGUCCGCCGAAGAUCUUGGUGCUGCUAAAGAAGAGAGGCAACUAGUCGACACUCUUUGGGAAACUUACUUCAACGAGCCUUCAUCACUUCGAGAGAAGGGCCUGCUUGUUCUCCCUGGCGAGGAUGCACAACCACCUGAUGUGGCUAGCAAGCAAUUUGAACCUCCUCUUAGAGCAUGGGCAGCAGCGAAUAAGGAUGCCACCGCUGAAAAGAAACAGGCUCCUCCACUUUUAUUAGGAGCUGGCCCUGCUUCGGGAUCUGGCUAAUGUCUCCGGCCCUUAUGAGUGCAGAGCAAGCAGAGGCUGAGCAGCAGCAAAGAAGCACGAGGUGAAGCAGAGUGCAAUUCAACUUUCGUUCAUUGUUAGUCCAGUAAUACUGUCAUUCUUGUUUAUUUGACUAGAAUCAAUACCCGUGGCUACGCCACAGAGACUAAAGUUGCAUCAACAUGAUUAUAUGGUGGGCAGUUUAGGUGACGAUAAAUUGGAAUCAUUGUAUUAUUGGCAGUGUGUCGUUUUAGAGUAUUGGAAGUUUGUUCAUGAACCUUUGUAUGUUGAGUUUCAUAGUUAAUUAGAAUGUUCCUCUAUCAAUGUACAUCUAUGCCAUUGAGUUCCACAUUUUAAAGGGGAAAGUAAAAAGCAAAUGCAUUUUCAAAAAGAACUAAUCGUAGAAAUAUUUGUGAAGGCAUGCUUCAUUUGGAG